CCGCGGUCCGAACAUUGGUGACCUAAGCACUCCAGACUACUGUGACAUUUUAUGUUCGUGACAUAUACGAGUUUUUGCAGGGACAGUAAACGCAGCAUCUGACUGACAGGGAGUGUUGUCCGGGGACAGGGAGACAUGUUGGAGGUGUAAAGCAGAGGACACACAUGGAGACCUGCGGGAUUAUGUCCGCUCUGGACAGACCCGCCGCCGAGCUCACGGUCAUGGACGUGUACGACAUAGCGGCGGUGCUGGGACACGAGUUCGAGCGGAUCAUCGACAGGUUCGGCUGCGAGUCUCUGGUCCGGCUCGUGCCCAAAGUGGUUCGGGUGCUGGAGCAGCUGGAGGCGCUGGUGAGCCGAGGAGCCGCCGGACAGGAGGCCGAGGAGCUGAGGAGGGAGCUGGAGAGACUGAGGCAGGAGAGGAGCGACAAGUCCGAGCAGGAGAGGAGGCACCAGAAGGAGUUGGAGCUGGUGGAGGACGUGUGGAGAGGUGAAGUCCAGGACCUGCUCUCUCAGAUCACUCGGCUUCAGGCAGAGAACAAGAGGCUGUUAGUGAGUCUCUCUCUCAAAGAGUCGCCCGUCACAGAGGAAGACCUGCACAAACAGGAGGGAAUGUCAGAAAAAGAAAGACAUGGAAGGAAGAAGCUGCUAGACUUCGUGGAUAAGCAGCGGGAUGAAAUCCGGGCGAAGGACCAUGAGCUAACACUGAGAAAUGAGGAUGUUGACGCGCUCCAGAUGCAGCAGCAUCGGGUGAUAAGGAUCAACCAGGACCUUCGUCACAGGAUAGGAGUGAUGGAAGCGCAGGGCAAGGCACUAAUCCAGCAGAGGGCUGAGCUGCAGGCUGCGGCCCAGGCACGGCAGCAGGAGGUCGGGGCUCUGCAGCUGGAGGUCAGAAGGCUGAGAAAGGAGCUCCGAGACUGGGAACUGGAGAGAGAGAUCUCUGAGAUCGAAGGUUCCUCUCUUACAAAAUCUGGAAUGUCCCCACCUGCAUCGCUACAGAUGAUGCCCUCAGAGGCAGCACCACCCAACAUCAUCAAACCAAAGUCAGUGUGGGUGGAGUGUGGAGGGGACCCUGGCUUCAUGGCAAACUGCUUUGAGCACGACAAGAGUCCUUCCAUCCUCCGGAGGUCAUCUAACAGAGAAAACAACGAGGAAGAGGGUGACGAAGAUGAGGAGGCGACAGCUUUGUUAUUGAAGGUGCCAGCUGACACAGAGCUGGAGGAGCAGAGCGACAGCCCGGAGCAGGAGUCAGACAAACCUCGCUUUACUCUGCAGGAGCUGCGGGACGUCCUGCAGGAGAGGAAUGAACUCAAGGCCCAAGUGUUCGUGCUUGAGGAAGAGCUGGCGUAUUACAAAAGUGACGACUCUGAGGAUGACACCAGCCCCUUUGUUUGUGCUUCACCUCCUCCACCAUGCUCCAAUUCCACUGACCAGCCUGAAUCAGGAAUCCGGCGCUUGAUCUUCACCGCCAUAAUGCCGAUGGUGGCAGCUGGUUUGAUCACAGACGAUCCCACGUUGUUGCCAAUCAGACGACUUUCCUUUGUAUGACUGUAAAUUUAUAGUCUCCUCAUAUAAUUGCUCAUAUUUUCUGCCUCCAGUUUGUUUCUCUCUGUUUGCCAGCAGACAUUAAUAACAAUUGGUUUAGUUGCUGCUGUACUUGUUGAUUUUUAGACCAAAUCUGGUCUGAUUUUAAUUUGGAGCUUAAAAUUGAACUGCAUUGAUAACCUUCAAUUUUAGUUUGUUCAUUUUUUGCCAUGGAUUUUGUUAAGCACUUCGUAACCUCGUUAAGAUAAGUGCUAUACAAAUUAAGUUAUUAUUAUUAUUAUUAACCUAUGGUUUAUACAGUCCAAAUUGUGAUGAAUGAACCACUGUUACAUUUUGGUAACAUUAUCGCUAACUUGGUCAAAUGAACCUAAGUAGCAAAAAACUAGAUAAUGGGCUCAACCUGGACACUUGUAUGUAUUCAUGACCUCUGAGGUUUUAAUGGCUUUAUAAAAAGUCACAACCUGUCAAUGCGCCACUUUAUUUAAACAAUGAAUUCAGUGUUCUCUCUACAUCACUUGCUCCCGGCACAGAAAUUGUUUACUUGUUCUACAUAAUAAUGUAUAAACUGGAUUUUUAUAGACUCCAGCUGCCAUGAGACCUACAGAAGGUGAUGGGACAUGUAGUGUCAUGUAUGUGCAGGUGAUCUUAACAUGUAUUUGAUGCCAAAGUAUUGUCAAGUUGUUUGAGUCUGGUUUCAAGAUUCAGUGAAAUUGAGCUACAAAGCUACGUUCCUCUGUUUUCCUCCAAAAAUAGUUUGUGCUUUGUUCGUUUAUCGUUAUCUCUGCCAAGGCUAUGUUUUUAUGUUAUGUUUGUUUGUUUGUUAGCAGGAUCAUGCAAUAAAUAUUAAACAGAUUUCCAAAAAACCCAGUGAAAGGAUGGGGAAAAAGAAAACUAUUUAAGAUUGAUUGAGAGGUAAAUCCAGGAUUUUUAAAUUGUUCUUAAACAAUGUUUUCUGUCAAAUAAAUAAUUUAUG